AUGUCGGCACCGCAACGGAGGCAGCAGCAGCCUCAUCAAUACCAGCAGCAGUACUAUCAACCUCAACAGCAGCAUGCUGCGCAACAGUACGCACACGACCCGACCUAUUCCGGCUAUCCUGCCACACCCUAUCAUCCACAGCAGCAACAACAAGUAUACCAGCAAUCGCAGCCUUACCCAUCUGCAGACCCAUACGCUUUCACACGCAACGUUCAGCACUCGGCUUUCUCCACCUCUCAUCCACAGAUCACGCCGUAUGAAGGCUCGUGGCCCCAUCGACACUAUGUAUCCCCGAGUGGCACAUCAAAUCAUGACCCAGCCCAUGCUGCCUACCCGCAAGCCGGUGGAUACCUAACCGCCGCCGACUAUGCAGCUUCUGCUGGCGACUUUUCUCCAAAUCCAGCCUCGACGUCGGAUCGGUACGACGGAUACAGCCAUGGCCAGAGCGCAGGUCGAUCACAUCUGAACAAUUUUGCGUCCCAUGGCGCAAGCCCUAGCCUCGAGUCACAGGUUGCGCAUAUGAACAUCAGCGGACCCACCAACGCAUUGCCAAACAAGUCGACAACCUACCAGCACGACUUUUCCAACGCUCAGACUCAUUCUGGCAUGGAACACUCCUCGAUUCAUACAGACUCGGCCGCUGGUGCCAGAGAACCUCGAUCUGAAAUCUCGCUCCGAUACCCACCACUACCAUCCCUACCCGAGCGAUGCGUCACACCACCUUCGUUGCAGUCCAAACGGUCCACAUCGCACGAUGAAAAUCCAUCAGAAGAUGUCGACCCAGCUGUGCUUACGUACAUCACAUCCCUUCGCACAACCCUCUCCACCUACGAGAAGCGAGACGACCUUCUACGCCUACGCACAGAAGCAGUAGGCUUCCAACCGAGACAAGCAUGGUCCGCAUGGCAAUCCCAACAAGAUGCGUCCACCGCAGACACACACUCCUCCGCCGACGAUUCGGUCUCGACGAAUCCCGUCCUGGGCGUACGCCUCCUUCAGAGACUGGACAAACUUCAGCGCGAGAAUGACGAGCUCGGUCGACUCCUCACCGCCCGCACACGGGACGGAUCCGGCAGCGGUAGCGUUGAAGCAGUCGAAACGGAGCAACUCAGAUCAGAGAUUCGCGAUUGUCAUCGACUGAUCCAAGCCAUGGACAAGGCUUUGGUGGAUGCAGAGGCGAGAGCGACGGCGUCGGAGAGAGCUUUGCAGGUUGCGUGUAUGAACCACUCCACUGCCAUGGUACCGGCGCCAAACGGAGAGGCAGCAGUGACAGCGGCAGCAAGCGGCAAGAGCCGAAAUUCGGAGGAGAAGAAACCGACCGCCGCUACUACGUCAAAACCCCCCGCUAGGAGAGGUUCCAAACAACCGAACCCCAAUGCCGGCGCCUCAGUCAAAAGUAGCGCCUCUCAACAGCAGCAGCAACAUCGCACCACGAACAAGCCACACAACGCCUCUUCUCCCGCUACCAAAGCUGGCGGAGGCGCAAAAUCGACACGAGGCGACACAUCUUCGACCGCUUCGACGGACGCGAAAUCCAGCAAAUCUGUCAAGAGCAAGUGA